CGGGCUCCGUAGAACGUGCUUUAACUUCAUUUAGCAGAGUGUGGUAGUAAGUCUUCUGAACAACCAGCAUCUCUGCAGGUAAAUUUAUAACAGUAAGUAAAUCUGUUACAAUUUAACAGCGUUUGAUAUUAAUAUACAAUGCAUUUUAUUUGGUAAAGAACAGUCCUAUCUUGUAUUUUAGAGGCCCGUGGAGAAAGAAACAGUUGCUCGCUAGUAAGCUAACAAGUUAGCACACAGUUCAUGUAGCCAGAGAAGAAGAGGCGAAGCGAGAGGAUUUACUCCGCCCAAAAUCUGUCCACGAAAAUAAGAACGAAGUGAGGAAUUUUUGUGUGGAGGUCUAUGAGUGUCGAAUUUAGUCAACAACAAAUUGAAUUAUUUACUACGUGAGGCAUAUUUGAUCAAAUAUAAGUUUCACUGAUCUUUGUGGACGCACGUGGCAUUUCGGCAUCUUUGAAAAACUACUUUAUAUCGGAGUUCUGCCUGUUGUUCACACGCCUAUCUGCCCUCGUUGGCUAGAAUGGACCCACCUGAUCUCGCCUCUUGCCUGUCUCCCAUAUUUGAGGACAUGUAUUUCCAUUGUUAGAGCUGUCACUCUACUAUCAUGUCAAUAUAAUAGAACAUCUUUGAUGCAAUUACGUCCUGGCCUCACUGUAAACUGCAUCAUGGUGUGAACUGCCCUUUUAGGUCAUGUACUCGUUUGAAUUUAGAGGCCAGGAGUGAAAACGGGGGUAUACAAAAGCUUUUCUCAGUGCAUACCUCAUGCGCAUGCAGGUCCGUUGUGUAAUUAGCUGGCAUGGCUAGUGCUUGUAUCUAAAGCGUUUCCCAUUUGGUUAGUGUUGAUUUAUUGAUUUGUCACAUUUUGAUCUAAUAAAUGUAUUUGACUUAUUCUUUUCAGACACAUCAUGGCAGAAAAUCAAGCAACGUCUGAACUUGAGAAGAAGGUGGCACAACAGAUUGAGGUAUUUUGUGUCAUAGCUAACUGUAUUCUACUGUAGCUGUAUAACCAAAGAUGGUGGCAUAUUCUGACAGCUAACCUGGAUAAUGCUGGUCAGCCCUGAUUGACACGUUUUUCUUUAUCUUCAAAGUACUACUUCGGUGAUCACAACCUUCCAAGAGACAAGUUCCUCAAAGAACAGUUGCAGCUCGAUGAUGGCUGGGUGACCCUGGAAACCAUGCUAAAGUUUAACAGGUUUGUGAUAUUUACUUUUAUUUGCUCAAUUGGAAUUUGGGACUUGAUUCGGCCUACAAUGUUUUUUUUUAGAUGAAUUGCUCGCUUAUAACAUGAUUCCUAAAUCUCCCCUCUAAUUAUUUUCAGACUGAAAUGCUUGACAACCGAUCACAACAUAAUUGUUGAGUCUCUGAAAAAAUCCAAGACUGGCCUUCUGGAAAUGAGUGAGGAUAAAACAAAAAUCAGGAGAAUUUCAAGCAAGCCUUUACCAGAACUGAACGACGAGUACAAAGAUGCCCUCAAACACAAAUCUGUCUACAUUGUAAGUUGGAUUUUCCAAGAUUUGAGAUUUACAGCUGUUUGGAGCCCUGUGUCUGUAUGUUGAACAUUUUCUAUGAUCUUCCAGAAAGGUUUUCCAUUGGAGACAACGCUUGAUGAAAUUGAGGGGUGGCUGAAAGGGAAAGGCGUCAUAGAAAACAUUCAGAUGAGACGAAACUUGCAAAAGAACUUCAAGGUAAUGUGGCCGGAGAUAUUUUUUUCUCAGGUUAAUUAAGAAUUAACUGUUUGUAAUACAAAACACACAGCAUCUCCAUCCAUUUUCAGGGCUCAGUGUUCCUGACUUUCGACACUGAAGAAGCAUCAAAGCAGUUCCUUGGACGCACAGACACCAAAUCAUUCAAAGAAAAUGAAAUGAUUGUACUGUCAAGGUAGGUGGAUGCUUAGCUAUCAUUACCAAGUCUCUAAGAUGACCUAUUGAUACUGGUGAAAAGGAUAUAUAUUAACUCUGCUCUUGUUUUCAGAGAGGACUACCAUGCAAAGAAAGCGGAGGUUAAAAAACAGUUCAAAGCAGAGGCAAAGGCUAAAGCUAAACAGUGAGCACAUUACUGACACUUAAUCAUGUUUAUUUUGUAUUUUUAUGGUAAAGUAAAUUGUUCAAAAUUAACUGGUUUCUAGUGACAAGGACGAAAAGCAAAAACAUGCAGAGGAAGAGGAAAUGGUAAGAGCUCUGGAAGUGCUAUCACAAAUCCUUAUAUGUUUGAAGGGGGUUGUCUUCAUUAGGACUAAACAUUUUGAAACUGGCAUCUGUUCUUAUUGGGCUAGUUCGUGUAGCACCCUCUCCGAUUCAAGAUGAUUUUCUCCUGUUUGCUCCUUUUGUGUAUUGUUUUUCUUCCCAAAACAGGGAGGUUUAAAGUUGCUCACCAGUGGUCCUCUGCUUUAUUUUGCAUUGUAGAAAUCUCUGGACGAGCAGACUGGAUGCCUGCUGAAGUUCUCAGGCAAUCUUGACAGUGUUUCAAGAGAAGACUUUCACGAGGUGUUCUCAGGUCAUGGUCAAAUCAAAUGGAUUGAUUUCAUCAGGGGUGCCAAAGAGGCAAGAAUUGCAGUGUAAUUAACUAUUUUAACCACCCUUCAAUUAGAAAAAUGAAAUUGUCAUAGGAAAUAAUGAUCAUUUAUUAUCUUAAAGGGUACCAUCCUCUUCAGAGUGAGUGCUAAGGAAGCUCUUGAUAAGGCCAAGGAAGCAAAUGGAGGAAACUUGAAAAUUAAAGACAAAGAUGUUACGUGGGAGGUGGUGGAGGGAGAUGCAGAGAGGGAAACUCUGAAAAAGAUAAUCGAAGACCAACAAGAAUCUCUCAACAAACAUAGAGGCAGAGGUAACUGCGAUUUCAAGGCAAAAAAUAAUAAUGUCAUAUUUCCUGUCUGAUCUGAUGGAGCAUUUCCUCCUUUCUCUCUUUACAGGUGGCCGAAAAUCAGGUGGGAGAGGGGGGAGAGGAGGAAGAAGGGACAGGGGUGGACGUGAUGGCAAAUCACACUACCAAGGCAGAAAGACCAAAUUUGAUGAUAGUGAUAAUGAUGACGGUAAGUGCAGUUAUGUUAAUCACGCAAUAUCAUGAUAGGAUUCUGGUGAGACAAAUGACUCUGCCAAUCUUCUAUGAGAAAGUAAACUUUGGAACAAUUGAGUAUCUAAUAUUUUCCUUUUUAACUUCUAUUUCUCCAAUAGCACCUCCUAGUCCAAAGAAGCGAGCACUGGAAGGAGCAGGCAAAGAUGUUGAUGCUCCAGCUGCAAAGGUGGUCAAAACUCAAAAUGGUUCUUAGAAAUUAUAUGUACUGCACAUCUCAAUGAAACAUUAUAUUUGAAAAGAAACUAACUGAAAACAUAGAACAACUUUAUUCCAUUCCAGUGGAGGCUUCAUGAGAACUGUAGAAAUUCCACCUUGAUGUCAACCUAGAAAACAAUUGAUAAUGUAAGACUGGAAACAGUACAUUUCUACCCUGAACAUAAUUUUUUUAUGGGAUUGUCUUAUUUAAUAUGGAUUUCAUUUGUUGUGUUGACUGCGUCUGAACAUAACAUUUAAUUUCAACAGGAGCAUAUUAUGCCUGUUAGUCGCCUACAUACAAAGACGUGCAUGUCAAUAGAAACUUGUUAAUCAGUGCCAUUUUAUUUUUCCUCAAUUAUUUUAAAUGUGUAUACGGUUGAGUCCUAAAGCACAGAUCUUGUUCCUUCUCAAUUUAGUUUUGUGAAUAGCCAAUAAAGUUUGAUUUUUAAAAGUUAAAUUCUCAGAAGCAUAUUUUCAAAGCACUUGGUGAAACAAACUAAUUUAACUUUUACAUUUGAAGUGAGAACUUGCCUUGGUUGUGUUUGGUGCCAAACGGAGGAUUCAUCAGUGUCAAAUUCCUUGGCAUAUGCAUGGGAUCUCAGGAAACACAUGUUACACUGGAUCAGGUCUGUUGGUCAGUUCAAAUUCCUCAAUGUCAAACCCAACACACAAACUGUAAUUACAAGGCAAGUCGUUAGAUAAUACUCCAGUAUAACUUUUCUUCAGACAGUUUUAUUUUCUUACCCUGCAGCAAGCAUUGCAGCACCAAUGCUAAGAACUCAGCAUCCCAAAUCUGCAACCAAUUUGCCCUUGAUGUCAUCAAAUGUGUUGUGGAUUGUAUAAAGCAUACAUGCUUAAAGGAGAAGUGUAAAUGACUAAAGAGACUCAGCAAUUUCAAUUCCAACAAAAUUCCAAUCUAAGAAUUGGCA